AUGACUCCCGUUACUCGAUCACACGGACAUGGUGAAGGCAGUGCUUCCGGAAGCACACCUGGGGGCUCCAUGGACGAUGCACCAUCCACGUCGCGUGAGCCCUCUCGACGUCGCUCCGACGAAGAAAAGGGACAAGGUCGACUCGACAACGAAAGUAGAGAGAAUGAGAGUGAUGGUGAAGAAGAUGACGACGUUGACGCUGACGAAGAAGAUGAUGAUGACGAAGACGAGGAAGACGAAGAAGAUGACGGCCCUGUCCGCUCGCCAUUGACGGAACUCUCCUACAAUAUCGACAGCCUCGACGACGAGAACCAAGAGAUCGUCCGCGAGCUGUUUCGCGCCCCGGCACCCGAAGAAACACCGCCCAUGGUCAUUGAGUGGUGCGGCAUCAGCAACGACCCAGAUGUAUACGCCUUUCAGCUCCAGGAGAUCGUGCCCCGCACCAUCCGCAUCGGCUCACCGACCAGCCGCAUUCCUCGCCCCAGCUGCAACUGCACAGGCACCGCCAGCACGCCCUGCCGCCACCUCGUGUGGCUCAUGGACCAGAUUGCCAAGCAGACGCUGCAUGACCACCACCCGGACGAGCCGCUCGUGCUGGACGGCGCCACGGCGUUCCCGCACGCAAUGGGUGCCGGUGGACAGGAUGCGUAUGCCAAGAUUGCGGGCUUCCACAUUGACAUUCUCGCCAACACGCUGCACUGUGGUGCGGGCCGACCGCCAGUGACAGGGUCGAUGGGGCGUCUGAAUCGGUACCGUGUACGGGAGGCGCGCGAGAUCUUGGCCGGAUUGGACGGUGUACAGGACGACGAGAGUGUGGAUACAUAUGCUCCCGAGAUCUUUGACCAGAGCCAGCCGGAGCUCGAGAGUCUGCUGUGGGGUACCGAGAGACGAGAGGACGACGACCAGGAGCAAGACGGAGGCUCGAGCGACGACGACGAAGACGACGACGACGAUCGUAUGGAUGACGACGAGGAGGGUCCACCCGGAAAGGACAAGGGAAAGGGUGUUGCCAAGGCGGGCAGCAUCGAAAACGGCCCGCGUAGCAGUGACCAUGCAGGCGAACGUGAAGGCGGUGGAGGUAUUCAGCGCCAAAACGAAUCACAAAGACGGCAGCAGCGCCAUCGAGGAGCAAAAGACGAGCAGGUGCGGGUUAUUCGUGAUCUUGUUGAGCGGGGCGAUUUGCAGCGGACUGUCUUGCGCCUUCUUGUUUCCAACGACGAGUUUUUUGCCAUGUUUCUCAAGCUUCUCGCGCCCAGCGACAAGGCACGCGACCCGUUCCGCAAGAUCCAGCAGCGCGUUGAGGCCGUUCUAGAAGCCUUGCUCGAAGUUCGUUCGUCGGCACAGCACCAACAGCAACAGCAGUCUCGACUGCUGAUGCCACCACCGGACCCACGGACGAGGCGGACCGCAGCACCAGCUGCCACGCCCAUCAUCACGGUCACCGACGCAACGUCUGCAUCAGCGCCAGCACCACCUCACCCGCCUUCCUUCAGUGAUAAAGGCAACGGCAGCGUCACGGUUGCCUGGGCCGCCCAGCACGUCGAGCACGCCGUCCACCAAAUCCACCUCCUUCUGCAGCGCCAGCUGCCACGUCCUCCCAAACCUUGGGCCCGCCGCAGUGCCGGACGUGCCCUCGUCUGGAUCCUCUACGCCCUCGUCUUCUUCCACAACCGCGACGCCCACGUAGGUGCCACCCAGGACGACCGUAACCUGUACCAGCGGCUGGUCGGGAACUCGGACGGUUCUGUUUCGUUGUCGUCGUCGUUGUCGUCAUCGUCAGACGAAAAUGGCUUAAAAUUCUUCCUGCUGGACGUCUUGGCACCUUUGCACGACCAGACGCACCUGCGCAGCCAGCUCAAGCGCAUCCGACGCCGCAUCCAGGUAAACGGCUAUCGGGAGCCGUACAUGCGCAGACUAGACGAGAUUUUGGCAAUGAUGAACGCGGCGGCAGAGAAGGAGGAGACGUCGGACGCGCCGUCGCUAGUCCCGUCGGCGUCAAUGGCCGGGUCCAAGCGGCAUGGCUCCAACACGAACACGCCCACAGAGCGCCGGCCAAAGAGGAUGCGAUGA